AUGAGAGUAGUCAUUCAAAAGGUUAAAAGAGCGUCUGUCAGCGUCGACAAUGCCGUCAUCUCCGCCAUCAACCGCGGCCUCAUGUUGCUUGUGGGGAUCUCGACGAAAGACACCUCUGAGGAUGUCGACAGACUCGUGAAGAAAAUCGCCAACCUUCGAGUAUUUGAGGACGCUUCAGGCGGGCCAGAAGGAUGCUGGAACGGGAAACCCUGGAGCCUGAGCUUGGCCCAGGACAAACAGCUUUCUGUGCUUUCAGUGUCUCAAUUCACCCUCUACGGAACAAUCAAGAAAGGCACCAAACCAGAUUUCCACAAGGCAGCGAAAGGCCCAGCAGCCAUAGAGCUCUACAACGAGUUUUUACUGAAAUUGAGGAAGGAGCUAGGAGACGACGAGAGAGUCAAGGAUGGGCAGUUUGGCGCCAUGAUGGACGUGGAUAUAGUCAACGAAGGCCCAGUGACCAUCAUAUGGGACACCAACGACGGAACAAUAUAG